AUGGGGCUGUGGCAGAGCAUGGGGUUGUGGCAGAGCAUGGGGCUGUGGCAGAGCAUGGGGCUGUGGCAGAGCAUGGGGCUGUGGCAGAGCAGGGUCUGUGGAAGAGCAUGGGGUUGUGGCAGAGCAUGGGGCUGUGGCAGAGCAGGGGCUGUGGCAGAGCAUGGGGUUGUGGCAGAGCAUGGGGUGGUGGCAGAGCAUGGGGCUGUGGCAGAGCAUGGGGCUGUGGCAGAGCAGGGGGCUGUGGCAGAGCAGGGCCUGUGGCAGAGCAGGGGCUGUGGCAGAGCAUGGGGAUGUGGGGUCUGUGUGUGGCUGGUGGCCCUGUGUGUGUGUUGGCAUGGGGGUAGCCCCUCCCCGGUGACCCCUGGAGUGGAGUGCCAGGGCCCGGAGGUCCUGAGGGCGGCAGAGGAAGGCCUGGACCAGAUCAAUUCUGACCUCACCGAAGGAUUCAUCCUCAGCCUCAACAGACUCUAUGAUGUCAGCCAGCAGACAGGGGUGAGGCUACAGCUGUUCAACCUGACCAUAGACGUGCUGGAGACAAAGUGUCAUGUGAUCAGCAGGAAGCCGUGGAAGAAAUAUGAAGUAAAGGAUGUAGCUAACGUACCAGUGUAUGGGCAUUGUAUGGCGUCAAAGAGUGUGGAACUGCGCAGCUAUAAAUGUGCCAUCCAACAAGUGCCUGCCACGGUCAACGUCGACACGUGUCCAGACUGUCCAACAGUAGUGCAGCUGGAUGACCCCAUUAUAGCGGAGACGGCCAAUCUGUCCUCCAUGAAAUACAAGAGAAUGAAUCGCCUGCCAAACUACUUCACCCUCCUCAACGUAACAGGAGCUAGCAUGCAGUGGGUAAUGGGUCCGGCCUACUUUGUAGAGUUCACCAUCAGAGAGACGGUCUGUGCUAAGGACACUCCUGACGUUGAUCUGACCCAGUGUAAAAUGAUGGACUGUGAAUUUGCAGGGAGUACACACAAGGCCUUUUGCACAGGCUCUCACACCACUCUGGAUGAUGGCAUGUUUCAGACCAAACGUCCCAUCGAGGUGAAGUGUGAAAUCUUUGAACCAGAGGCUGCCAAGGCAGAGGCCCAUGUCAGAGGAGACAGUGGGCAUCAGAGUGAAGAUGAGGACCAUAAACACGCACACACAUACCUGCACCCCUAUGAGCACCACCACCACCACCACCCCCCCAACUCCAAUCAGGCUUCCCCCAGACCGAAGCGCUCGUUGGGUAUAGUGGUGGUUCUAUCUCCCCCUCAUGUUCCACCACCUCCGCGAGCCUCACCAGCAGCAAGCAACUGUCCAGCCAAGAGGAAAACUAACCUGGGACUGGAUAGGUUUCCAAUUUGAUUGAUAAACAUCUUCUGUUACUGCAAUAACAGCUUAUUAACACUUUCCUGAGAUACAAAGCUACUUUGGUAACAAAGGAAAACUGAAAGAACUAUGACUCAAAACACUUCCCCUAUUUUGCCCUGGCUGGACAAUGUUCACUUUCUUCUUCUUCUUGUUGCUAUCUCAGAUCACAUAUUUAAAGAAUUCCACAACAUUGUACUGUACGAUAAUAAUGAUGAUAGCUAGUAAAUUUAUCAGAGCAAUAAAUGUAUAGUUUAAUCUACAAUGGAUACAGUAUAUCUUCAGUGGUUAUAAUAAUGUAUUGUGUGAUUGUAGGCAAUUCAAUAUACCAUUAAAAAAUGUUUUCAUCUGA